CGAAAUACGAACCUUCGCUCAUGCAUUGUCAAACUAAGUAGUCCCGGCAUCAAUAUUCGAAACUGCUUUGCUGUCAACCGCUAAUCCGGCGGAGUCAUAUUCGUUUUGCUGGACAUCUCGCCUCCUUUAAGUCAAACCUCCAUCUGCAAACCGAGGAGCAGUUCAAGUCAAGUCAUUUCAUGUCGGAAAGUCAGAGCUCUGUGCGGGAUGAAUGGACGCCGUCGUCCUGGAGAAGCAAGCCUUUUGCUCAGGGCGUAAAAUAUCCCGACGAAGAACGUCUGCAAAGAGUACUCGGACAAGUCGCGAAGCUUCCUCCACUUGUAUCACCUAGCGAAAUCGAGCGUCUACGUUUUCAGCUCGCAGCUGUACAGCGUAAUGAGGCGUUCUUACUACAUGCAGGUGACUGCGCAGAGAGCUUCGAUGCAUGUACUCACGAAAACAUCUCUGCCAAGCUCGGACUCAUCCUCACGUUCUCGCUCAUUCUGAUUUGGGGUGCCCGAGUACCUGUUGUGCGAAUAGGCCGUAUUGCUGGUCAAUAUGCGAAGCCGAGGAGUAGCGAUACAGAAAUCGUCGACGGAAAGGAGGUCCUGAGCUUUAGGGGUGAUAACAUCAAUAGUCUAGACCCUAGCACUCGUACUCCGGAUCCCGACCGUUUGCUGAGUGCCUAUUUCCAUUCAACAGCGACGCUAAACUGCGUCCGUUCAUUGUUGCAAUCCGGGUUCGCAUCGCUCCAGGAACAUCAUCCUCGCGAUUGGUCUCUCGCGCACGUCCGUUCUCCAACCUUACGGAAAGAAUUUGAGCGGAUAGCGGAAGGUCUUGCAGAUGCGCUCGAUUUUAGUAGCACGAUUGGUGCGACGUCCGGACGCGAAGCUCUUUCGUUUGAACAAGGAGGCGGUCGAGGCGUACUCGGCGAGGUCGAUUUCUACACAAGCCACGAAGGUCUUAUGCUGGGCUACGAAGAAGCAUUGACGCGUACACUUCCAGUACCUCCGUCCUUGCGUUCCUCGAUAAAGGAUGAUCCUGUCAAGACGAAUGGUUCUGACGGGAUUCCACGCGCAUUUUACAAUACUUCUGCGCACUUUGUAUGGAUUGGUGACCGAACACGUCAACUGGACGGUGCACAUGUUGAAUACUUCCGCGGAAUCCGGAACCCUAUUGGCAUCAAAGUGGGUCCGUCGAUGUGUGGUGACGAACUUGUGAGACUUCUGGAUAUCGUGAAUCCAGAACGCGAGAGCGGCCGCGUCACAUUGAUUACGCGCUAUGGAGCAGGCAAAGUUACAGAAUACCUCGCAGGACACAUCGCCGUUGUACAGAAGUCUGGCCACCCGGUUGCAUGGGUGUGCGAUCCUAUGCACGGAAACACGCAUACAUCUUCCACCGGACUCAAAACCCGACAUUUCGGAGCAAUCGUCGACGAACUUACUGCCUGCUUGCGUAUUCACGCCGAAUGUAACUCAGCACUGAAUGGUGUCAGCUUGGAGUUCACAGGCGAGUUCAACGAGGCUGGGUUUAGUGUUACAGAAUGUCUAGGUGGGAGUAUGGAGCUUACGGAGGAAGAACUUGGGUUGAGAUACCAGUCAUUCUGUGACCCACGACUCAACUUCGAGCAAAGUCUCGACCUCGCCUUCCUCAUUACUAAUCAUUUCAAAAAGAAACGAGCUGGUGGUGCUCAGACCGGAGGUUCGCAACCGGAUCCGCUGCUUUUGGAGUUGCGCGGACGUACGAAGCAAAGUUAAAAAAGAACACCAUCUUGUUCUUUGUGGAAUUGAUAUGGAGUUUAUGCGGUGAUAUUGAUUGUGUGCUUGCUUCGUCUCCGUCAAUUCGCGGCAUUUUUGUUUAAAUGUUAGAAGGAUAAAGGUCGGGCACAAAAGAGAAGCAUCUUGUAAUCCUUACUUUGAAUAAAUUUUCUAUACACCAUGUGAGGUGCUACGAACUGUAUUAGAUA